AAAACAAGACGUCGGCGGUGGGCGUCGUGCGGCGCGACUCGCGAGUAAAAUUCUUCAAGUGAUGCAACGCAAUCUGCAUGUUCCCUUGCUUUUCGGUGCUCUUUUCCAUAAUUUGUUACAAAAAUAAGACUCACACGAUAAUUAGACGUACUUAGCAGUUCUAGGAAACAUCGGUGUGCCAUGUUGAGGUUUGCAUUUCCGGCACUCCCGCGUUCGAUUGCCACCGUCGUCACAGCCAGGACCAUCAGCAGCAGCAGAGCGUUUUCAUCUUCGGCAAAACCGAUCUCCGCUGCCACUCCGGUAAACGCGUCCGAUUGCUCCAGCAGCUUGGACGUGAAGCACCUCAAGCACCCGACUAAAGUGCCCCAGAAGCCUCACAUUUCGGACAUCGAUCGACGUCAGCGGGAGAAUCGACCGGCUCGCGUAACCGUGGAUGACCAGACGGUACAGCUGCUGGAACGGCUGUCGCUGGUCGAUUUAGAUAGCAAAGAAGCACACCGCACGCUAGAGGAUUCUAUCGAGUUUGCGUCGCGCAUUUUGACUAUCGAUACGGAAGGGGUCGAACCGCUGUACACGGUUCUGGAGCAGGAGAAGCUCGCCUUGCGGGAAGACGUCGUUUCGGAUGGGAACAUUCAGGAGGACGUGCUAAGGAACGCCCGGAUUACGGAAGAGGAGUACUUUGUGGCACCUCCUGGGAACAUUCCGCUGGAGCAGGACUCCAAGGGGAAACACAAGCACUGA